CAAAGAGAACAAAGCAAAUAUAAUCAAUCAAGUUACGCGGGUUCGAGAUUUCUAGUGAAAGAAAAAUUAUGGCGAAGGGUAGUCAAUGUGGCAGCAAAUCUGGGGAUAAUCGUGGUGGCAGCAGGGGUGGGGGUAGUCAAAGUGGCAGCAGGGGUGGGGUUAACCAAGGUGGCAGCAGGGGUAACCAGGGUGGAGCACCUAACAAAUCCAGUGCACCUAAAAGUGGCAACCAGAGUGGAGCAGCUAACAAAUCCAGUGCACCUAAAAGUAGCAACCAGGGUGGAGAAGCUAACAACUCCAGUGCACCUAAAAGUGGCAGUGAGUCCAGUGACAAAUUUACCUUUUGUGGUGAAAUUAAGCAGGGACCCAACGAAGCUAAGCUUUGCUACACACCCAGCGGCGACGAGAAAUGGACUUGGAGCGUGAAGAAGGAGUAAUUCUAAGAGUGGCAUGCAUGCCUAGGACUAAUCAUAGCAGCAGACGCUGGAUGGUAUUAAACCAUUCCUCAUGCUACUUACAUAUAUCAAUAAAUUCUGCUGCUAUGCGCCUACCAUAUAUUGUAUCUUACCUUUGAAAUCAAGGACUGUUGUAAUGAAAUGAACUAUGUACUAUAUGUACCGAAAAAAUGAAAUGAACUACUAAAU